AUGAGGGCAGCUGGAGGUUGCAAUAUCCUUCCCGAGUCUAUUCAGGUUGGACAAAUAUUUCGCCUGAUGUCUCUGUACUCCCUCUCAAAACCACCGAGAGACACAGAAAUACAAGCUUCUCCUUCAGAAAGAAGAGACAGUUCAGAAGGAACCACAUUACCAGAUGAUCAUGUUACUAUUGUUACUGAUCAGAACUCUGAAGUAUCGAGAAAAGAGGAUGCUGAUGAGCAAAAGAAUUCAGCAAUUACUGAAAUAUCUGGUUCAGAUGAGAAUAGGAAUGGUCAAGUAGCCAAAUCUUCAGAUGAUUCAUUUGACAAUUCAUCAUUCACUGAAGAUAAUCCAAAGUCCCAGCAAACUGGAUGUACUGAUGAUUCAAUGAUCAGCAUGAAUACUGGUCCAAACAAAGUGAUAGAAGAUGCCCAAACAUUACCUGUGCUGGUAGACUGGGAGUGCAUAUUUAUUUCAGAUUUCCCAUCUAUAGAUCAAUCUUUAAUUUACAGUGAAAUCAGUGAAUCAUGUCAAGUAAUGUUCCGGUUGUCGAAGAAAAGUUUCCACCUUCUCACUGAAGUGAUUGGGAAGGCAGAUACUAAAAAAAUUCUCUCCAAAAAAUAUAGAGGAGGACACUAUUCAUUGGACCUCAAAUCACAAUUGCUGAUUACAUUGUGGUAUUUGGCUACUGGAGAUACUUUAUUAUCAAUAGGAGACAGAUUUAAUGUAUCACCUACCACAGUGAUGAACGUGAAUAACAGAAUCAUAUAUUUCUUUUUGCAACUAAAAAAAAAAUAUAUUAUUUUUCCUACCCAUGAAGAGCUUCACACUGUAGCACAAAGCUUCCCUCAUUACCCAGGAGCAGUUGGAGCAAUAGAUGGGACCCAUAUAUUUGCUAAGGUGGAGAAAGCUCAGCAAGAUAUCUAUAUCGAUAGAUAUAGAAGGCAUUCAAUAAAUCUGAUGGCUAUAUGCGAUGGAAAUUGUUUCUUCACUUACAUAUUCGUUGGAUUUCCAGGAUCUGCACAUGAUUCCCGGGUGUUUCAAAAUUCUUCACUAUAUCAUCAAAUUGAGUCACAUGGUCCGCAGAAGUUUUUUGAUGAAAAUUUUCAUCUAAUAGGGGACAGUGCCUUCGGACUGAGAAGUUGGCUCAUGACGCCUUAUAAAGGAAAUAAUCUUACGAGGAAACAAAAAAAACAUAAUUAUAUGUUGAGUGCAGACAGAGUGAAGAUCGAACAUGCCUUUGGAUUAUUGAAGGGAAGAUGGAGACGACUGCAAUAUAUUAAUGUGUAUAAUAUUUGUAAAACGGUUGAAAUCAUCACAGCAAGCUGUGUUCUCCAUAAUUUUUGUUUGAUUAAUAAGGACUUAUGGGAUGAAGAGGCUCCCAUAGAAUGUGCUGAUAGAAUAUUGAAUUAUCAAGAGGAGGAAGAUCAGCAAGAGGGUAGGGUGAAAAGAGAUGUAAUCGCAAACAGUUUUUGAUGUAAUGAAUUUUUCUGCUGUAGUCUGGAGAAUGGAACUUCUGCUAUAAUUUAUUGAAUGGAAAGUAACACUUUACAAAAACAGUAUCGAAAGAAGUUUUUUGGGACGAUUUGUUUGACAAUAACAUGAACUUUGUAUUUAAUUAUGACAGUGUUUGUCAUGUUACAUUGGUGUAUAUUUCUUUUGUUUUCAAAUGACAAUGACUAGCGAUUAUGGCUGCAGAAAAAAUAUUGUAUGCAACACAUUGAAUUUUUUACAUAGAUUACUAUUAUAUAUAUUAUAUGAUUCUUAUUACAUAUAUAUUUCUCAGUAAAUUAGUGUUUCUCUAGA